CUUUUCCUAUUUUACCUGCUCGUUCUCUACCCGCCUCCCUAUGCACGCCCAUACCAUUGUCCUUGUCACCUCUGGAUACGACAGAACAAUCCGCUUCUGGGAAGCACUAAGCGGUAUCUGCCUAAGAACCAUUCAGCAUGCUGAUUCACAGGUCAAUCGCCUAUGUAUCUCCCCUGAUAAACGUCUUCUUGCUGCUGCAGGAAAUCGUCAUAUACGUCUCUACGACAUCCAGACAAUAGCUCCAAGUCCUAUUUUGACACUGGAUGGACAUGCAACAAAUGUUACAGGAGUGACGUUUCAUGGAGAGGGUAAAUGGGUAGUUACUAGUGGAGAAGAUGGCUCGGUUAAGCUAUGGGAUUUACGUACGUCAUCAGUACAAAGACACUUUAGACAUGGAGCAGCAGUUAAUGAUGUGGUGGUCCACCCUAACCAAGGGGACUUGAUCAGCUGUGAUCAGACGGGGUGUAUUAAAUUAUGGGAUUUGAAGGAGAAUUUAUGUACAGGAAUGUGGGCAAAUGAGAAUGAGAUAGCGGUGCAUAGUAUUUCAGUAGCGAAUGAUGGGUCUAUGUUAGUAGCAGGGAAUAAUGAGGGAAUAUGUUUUGUAUGGUAUACAGAAUCGAAUGAUCUUCAAUUAAAAGAACCUGAUUAUACAUUUCAAGCACAUAAACGUUAUAUUACAAGAUGUCUCGUUUCACCGGAUGCGAAACAUUUAGCUACAUGUUCGGCAGAUGCGACGAUUAAAUUAUGGAGUAGAGAAAAGCUUAAAUUUUCAAUUGAGAAACAACUUGUAGGACAUCAACGUUGGGUAUGGGAUUGUGCAUUUUCAGCGGAUUCAGCAUAUCUAGUUAGUGCAUCGUCCGAUCAUGUAGCACGAUUAUGGGAAUUGAGCUCUGGAGAGACAAUUCGUCAAUAUAAUGGACAUCAUAAGGCAGCUGUAUGUGUCGCACUUAAUGACAAACAUUUAUCAUAAAGAUAAAUAAAUAUAUAAGAAAGAAAGAAAGAAAGAAGUAGAGAAA